AAUAUAGCGGCGCUUCCUGGGCGGCGGGCCGCGCCCGGGCCCUCCCUCCUGCCGCAGUCAAUGAGGAGGCAGCGGUCGCGGCGGAGCGCAGCACUCGCCGGGGGCAGCGCAGCGCGGCGGGGCGGGGCGGGGGGCGCCGCGGCAUGGCGGGGCGCUGAGGGAGCGUGGCAGCGAGGGGCGGCGGCGGUGCGCCUCGGCACCCGGCCCCGCCGCGGCAUGGGCAGCCGCGGGGUCAUGCGAUGAGCGCUCCCCCGGCGGCUUUUCCCCGCGCGAAUAUGGGCACAGCCGUGUCCAAAAGGAAAACGCUGAGGAACGAGGCCAUGUCGUCUGUGGCGGCCAAAGUGAGAGCGGCAAGGGCUUUCGGAGAAUAUCUUUCACAAAACCAUCCUGAAGGUAGAAACGGCUCAGAUCACCUAUUAGCAGACUCCUACAUCGGACAGGAGGACUCCCCUGAGAUGCAGCAGGCAGCACAGAACAAGCGCAGGCUCUCCGUCAUCUCAGACGGGAAGUUUGAGAGGAGCUUCUCCGAGGAGCAGGCAGAGAAGAUGCCAAGCGAGGGACCGAAGCCACGAGUCUACACAAUCUCUGGCGAGAGGCCGAUGCUGUCGGACCAUGAGAACGAAAGCAUGGAACUGGUGGUGAUGAAGGGGGCUGCCCAAGAGGAAUGUCACCAUGGCCACCAAGUGCACGGUGCUGGCGGCUCUCAUGGUGUUAGCAGGCAUUGCAAGGGCUGGCCGGGCAGCCGGCAGGGCUCCAAGGAGUGUCCAAACUGCACCCGGCUGGCUGCCCCUUCCCAGCAUUCCUUUGACCUGGAGCAGCAUCAAUCCAGCGAGACUGGGUGGCACAGAAAAAGGCUGGAGAGGAUGUAUAGCGUCGAUCGGGUGUCUGAUGAUGUCCCCAUACGAACCUGGUUCCCAAAAGAGAACCUCUUCAGUUUUCAAACUGCUACUACAACUAUGCAAGCGGCGUUCAGGGGCUACGCAGAGAGGAAGAGACGGAAACGAGAGAAUGAUUCUGCAGCUGUUAUACAGAGGAAUUUUCGGAAGCACCUCCGCAUGGUGGGGAGCCGAAGGGUUAAAGCACAAACAUUUGCCGAACGGCGUGAGAGGAGCUUCAGCAGGUCCUGGAGUGACCCGACUCCCAUCAAAGCUGAUUCCUUCCAUGACUCUCGAGAAAGCCAUGACCUUCAGGAUUCCUGCGGCACUUUGGAUGGCGACUUUGACUUGAACUGGGAAGCAGAAAAGGAACUUGAAGCCAUGGCAUGUGACGGAGAAGACUUUAUUCCACCAAAAAUAAUGCUUAUUUCUUCCAAGGUGCCCAAAGCAGAGUAUGUCCCGACAAUUAUCCGCAGGGACGAUUCCUCUAUCAUCCCCAUUCUAUACGACCAUGAACAUGCCACCUUUGAUGACAUCCUAGAGGAAAUAGAGAAGAAGCUUAACAUUUAUCGGAAAGGCUGCAAAAUCUGGAAGAUGCUGAUAUUUUGCCAGGGAGGUCCCGGUCACUUAUACUUGUUAAAGAACAAAGUUGCCACUUUCGCCAAAGUGGAGAAGGAGGAAGAUAUGAUCCUCUUCUGGAAGAGGUUGAGCCGGCUGAUGAGUAAAGUCAAUCCUGAACCAAAUAUCAUUCACAUCAUGGGCUGCUAUGUUCUUGGAAACCCCAAUGGGGAGAAGCUAUUUCAGAAUCUGAAAAACUUAAUGAAUCCUUAUAGGGUUGCCUUUGAGUCUCCACUUGAACUAUCAGCUCAAGGUAAGCAAAUGAUUGAGACUUACUUUGACUUCCGCCUUUACCGCCUCUGGAAGACCCGCCAGCACUCUAAACUAUUGGAUUACGAUGACAUUUUAUGAGCUGGAGAAGACUUUGCAAGAGGAAGUUCAUCACCGGUGUCCAAGAAGUCAUGCUUAUUGCAGAGAGACUUUUUUAUUGGCACAGGGAGCCCUUCAAAGCCCUACGGGAGGCAGCAGUGCUAAGGGGAGGGAAGAAGGAGCCCUCGGAAGUGUGUCGGGAGGAAAGUCUCCUGGGUCAAGAGAGACUGGAGGAAAAGGGUUUGACACCUCGCUCGCCUCAGGUCAGAGCUGUGGUGUCUCAGGAGGAGCUGUGUGAAAUGAGGACAGGAUGGAGUUCCUUGCAGAACUGAGCUGUUUUGGGUCAGAAUGGGCCAGAUUUGAUUCCAGGUCCUUUUAAAGACUUUUGAAGCUCAGGUUUUCUUACAAAAAAUAAACCCAAUUGCCCAUGCACUACAAUGAAGAAGUGACCAGAGCACAGAGGAAGGAGGGGGUUGUACUGAUGGGAACUUCUGUGCUGGGGAUCUUGGAGAGCAAGGACUGCUACACCUACUCCUGCAAGCUUAGAUCAAGACGAUCCAGUUUCAAUGUGAAUAUAUACUGGAACAUAGAAUUGAAAUCUAACUUCUUUUUUUUGUUGUUGUUUUUGUUUUGUUUAAUAGAAAAUAAGUGCAAUUUUUAUAGCGAGAGGGGUAAAAUCCCUCCCAAUAUUUAAUUAGUUAAAAAUAACACACCAGUAACCAAUAGAUGAGGUAUUUUUGGUCUGCUUGAAAAUAUAUUCAAAAUGGUAAUAUAUCUUCUGUAGACAUAUUUAAUCACCAGCAAACAUGGUUUUAACGUAACUUAGCAGACCCUGCAUGUCUGCUGCAUUGAUUAAUCCGGUUUGGUUCGUUACCUUCAGAGUAGCUGUGUUGCACUAAUUGUAUGUGCUCUCACGAAUGUGUAUUUCCCUCCAAUUAGACACAACUUUGUUACUUUCUAUGUUGCUGCUUGCAAAACUAUGGGACUUUAGUUUUGCUGAAAUACUUUAGGUUAGAAAUAUGGUACCUGGCUGAGAAACCUCUGUCAGGUUCACUACGGUAUAAAAAUUAAUUAGAAAUUAAUAGCCAUGGUAAUUACUUGUUCAUGCCAGUGUUUUGCUACGUGUUGAGAGACAAGUUCUCUUUCUAGUCUGCUGUAUGGAGCAGCGUGGUUACGCGACCAUCGGAAACCCUCCAAGGAGACUGUUCGCUGCGGCAUUUGGAAGAAAUGCUCCUGGAGGAAUACAGCACGGGUUUGUAGCAUGAGUUUGAAUCUUCCUGAUGUUCACUCAAUUGCCAGUUUGUUUGUGCAUAAACCGCCUCUUUUCCAAUGCUAAAGACCUGUUUAUUGGUCUGAGCUGCUCACCUCCCUUCCUGCGUAGGACAGAGUAAAGCCAGAGCUUCGUCAGAGCAGCCAUGCUUUGAGAACCCAGAUUUGUACUUGAUAUUUGAGGAUAUAUAUUUUGGAAUAUACUUACUUUUUGUUUGUUUAGGUCAGGGGGUUGCUUUUUGUUUUGGGAAGGGUUUUUUUUUAUCUUCUGCUCUCCUGUUCAGAGGAUAAAUACUGCUUACAGUCUGUGUAGUCACUCUGGCAAUUCUGGGAGGCGAUACAAGUUAUUUCUUUUAUAAGCAAAAUAUACUGGAGAAUAACCAGGCAGGAUUACCUUAGUUUCCUGAUUUCCUGGUAUCUAAAAUUAGUUAAUUGUGAAGUGAAGGAAAAUACAUGUACAAAUCUUCUUUUAAAUACUUAAAAAAGAACUAGCUGUUCUGAUCUGUAGAGUACUCCUUGCCCCGUGACAUACCUGUGGUUGUAAUUUUGGGGAGCAGGCCUCUGCCUAGAACUGCUGAACCCUGUACAUUUAUAGCAGUUUUAUAGCAAACCUUUUGAAGAAAUAAUGUACAUAGAGUAAGGAGAGGAAUAGGUGGAGAGAGAUGGUUUCAGGUGAUUUGAAAGCAACAUGUUGAGCCCAAAAGGUGUGGGCUGCUGCCUCCCUGUCUGGUUCAGAGCUGUUGGGAAGCCGCCCUGCUGCGCUGGCCUGACCUGGGAGGUUUGGUACCUACAUCUCAUCCUGGGCUGGGCUCUUGUCCUCUUGACUUGGUCAUGUUUCCAGACUUGUAGUGAAGGGGAUAAUAGGCACCAGUCUGUAGCUUUUGGAAGAAAAUGCCAGAUACAAAAAAAGAAAACAAAACCGAUGCCAAUUCUCUAUUCUUUAGCAUGGUAGCUUCCGCUAGCUGUGCUUGUGAGGCGCGAGCUGUACGUGCGAUGAAAGCACGAAGUCAUGCGUUAUCUGGAGAAGGAAAUGGUAGUGGCAGGAUUAAAAUGCUAACACAAAACUCUCCCUUUCUGACCCUUUUACCUCCUAUGGUUGUGCUCCUAACUGGAGACAAACCGUUCUUCCUCUCUCUUUUCUAAAGUAAAAUCCCAAUUCAGUGAACUUGUAGCAUGAAUGUAGCAUUGUGGAACUAUUGAAAAUCUUAUUUAACUCUGAAAGGGCCCAUUUAUGUAUCCACUUCAGUGAUUUCUCUGUAGAACUAUUGUAUAUCUAUCCUCAUUGACCACUUGUAGGACUAGGGGUGCGAAGUAGAAAGGUAGAUUGUACAGUUGUAUAACUUCUAUAGGAAGAUGUAUAUUUGAAUGAACAUUACGGACUGUUUUACUGGUGCAGUUGACUAUAGUAUAGUAUAAUGACAAACGAUGAAUGCGUUUCUUUUCCAAAGAUCUAUAUUCCUCAUAGUUUGUGAUGUUUAUGACAUGAGCAUAUUAUUUCCUUUGUAGCGUUCAUUUGACUAAAGAGAUGAAAUACUCUAAAAGCUGUGGCUGGAAAGACAAUAGAGUUUUGAUGUUUAAAGUCCCUUGUGCGAAUAGCAUCAAUGAAGUUAACUCUUUCUGAAAGAAGAAAACAAAUUUCUUCUUUUUAACUGGUUGAAUUUUUCAAGUGGCUGCUGGAAAAGGAAAGGAUCAGCAGAGGAUAGGGUACCAAAAAAAAAAAAAAUUGUAAUUAUUUAAAUCGUAGAGUUAAAAAUAGAGCCUGUAACUUCUUCAGUUGGACCAGCCUGUAAAGGAUGAGCUCUGGGUGUGUGCUCACAACCAGGAUGUCCCCUCCGCAGAGGCUGAGCGCCUGUUCCUCGCACCCCGAGCACCUCUGCAGCAUCUUCUCUGGGGCACGCUGAGAGCAGUGCCCGCGGGCACGGCUCUGCGCUCUGCCUGGGGGAGCUGGGGCUGCUGAGCACACAGCACGAUUUGUCGUUCCACUUCUACCUGCUUCUCCCAGCCUUCAGCUACGCGCUCUUGGGGCGUGUCUGUCUGAAGCCCUGAAACCAGUUUGUUCACCCGUGGUCCGUAGCUGCCAUCUGCGCUGGCUCGGUGGAGCUCACCCCCAUAAGGGUAACUGGAGCGAGCAGCGUACAGUGCGGUUGAGCUCCCAUCCCCGUCUGCUCUGUCAGAGGAUCGGCAGCCCUGUUGCACCGUUACACUCAGCCCCGCCACGGGGAACUGCCACUGCAGCCCCUGUGUGUUCUGGAUUUGCUUUUAGCAAGGGCAGGAGAAACGGGGAUGCCUGGUUAACCCUAGAGAGAAGCAGAUUAAACUGGGAUGGCUAAAUUGGGUGCCAAGCCUGGCUGUGCACCCCAGCCACGUGUGGGAGUUUCUGUUGCUCUUGCUAUGGAGCAGGUGAAUGUUGGCGGAGAGUGUUAUGGCCCAGGCUGGGAUCGUCACCUCCAGGAGAGAAGGGUGGGCAGCAAGUGCAUCAGCUGGCUCACGUGCUGGGAACAGCCCCCAGCCAUUUUCUCUGGUGCCUGCAGAGAAUAUUCACUUCGAGGGAGGUCAUCUUGUCUUACAGAGGGUUUUCCAGGGAGGCUUUUCUCUUUUCCUCGUUUGGCUGGGAAGGAAAGGGAAGAAGAAAAUUCAAGUUACCUGAGGAAUGUAGAAAUAAGUAGAAAAUUGAGAUAAAGCUUUUUGGACCUCUCCUCAUGCUGCAGCCACCAACUUCCCUUUGCAGCUGACCUCCAGGCCCGGGGUGGGAAACGGAUGAGUUAGCAGAUACUUCCUGAAUUAAAAAAGAAAACAAAACUAGAAAAUUCCUUGUAGCUCUAGCAAAACAUCUGACUGUAAAAGGCAACCAGCCAACUCCUCCUGCCCCGUGUGAGGGCUCUGCUGUGCGCACCCAUGGGGUCCCACCCACUGCUGCCUCCGAGUGCCUCUAGAGCCACCCGAGCCACGGCCGUGGAGGGGCUCCGCUCUGCUGCCGCGCAGGGGACUCUGGAAAUGAAUUUCUUCUUCGUUUCUCAGCCUGGACUUGUUGCCUGAAGCUCAGCACAAGUUUCCUGCUCCAGGCGCUUCUGGAGUGUGUGUGUGCGUGUGUUCGUGUCGUCUCUUCACACACAGGCUCUUUCCCGUGGUCUGGGGGAGAUGCUCCCCCUCAAUCGCCCCGUUCAUUUUGCCAUGUGCAGUAAAGCAUGAGGCAGUGUUAGCGUUCUCGUCCAUGCUGUGUUAGCAUCUCUCCGGCUCCUGGCACCCAACCGUUUCACAAAUAGCUGCUGUUGUUUUGGGACGUGACUGCAUUAGUGACCUGUGGCUGGGAGUUCCUGUUCCCAAGGCUCUGCUGGCAGAGCGACUGCCAACGCUGCUUCGUCACCUUCAGGCAGCAUAAGUGGGGUUAGUUGAAAGAAUGGAAAAUGCUGAUUUUAGAUAGCCAGCCUGGCGGGAUCUGGGAAUGGGAGCGUGCCCUUAAUCCUGGCCCAGACAGGAGGUGGAACGACAGGCUCGCUCUGCUCUUAGUGUACGUGUAAACAUUCAACCCAUCAAAGCCCAGUUUGAGUCACACAUAUUAUUAAUACGUUGGUCCAGGAUAAGGUAUGUUACUGUAUGGUUAAAAAAAAACCCUUUCAAGGCCCUUGGCAAUUGGCGUGUGUGGCAGAACCACGCAUCAAAGGAUGUGCUGGGUUGGGUCACCCUUCCUCGAGCCAUCAGGCCACGCUGCCAGUACCGGGACACAGAUUUGCAGGUAUUUGUACUCUGGGUUUUGCCGUGACAGUCCCUGGAGCUGAUGAUACGGCCAGCCCUUCCUGAAGGCUGCCACCCAGAUAAUCCUCCCAGGGAAUAUCGAGUGGCAAGAUAAUUUUCCACAUCAUCUGUAAAAAGUUGUUUGUGAUCCUCUGUUUUGUCCCAGUGAUCACAGGGUAUCCGUGGCUUUCUGCAUCUUCCAUGGGAUGUUUUUUAACCUCAGCUGUGGAAACACAAGCCAAAGUCAACUGGAAACUGUUAAAGGUCUUGAUGACAAGUCAGCCUGCUAAUAAUAUUGUCUGCUUGAGCUGAGUGAGUAAAUAGGUGGUUUAAUGACCAUGAACCUGAUUGUGAUCAUUGUUAUUCCCAGGUAAUCCUGCUGUGUAAUUGGCAGAAUUAAUAGUAAGAUACCAGUUUGCUGUCUCUGCCUAAAACGCCAGUGCGCAGUCUCUUGACGAGGUUGUGCGUGAGCUAUCGAAGAGUGACAGGAACUGGUAGCUGCUUUGAUUCAGAAAUAAAUUUGGCCCAACAUACUGCUGAUCAGUGGGAAGAACUUAAGAGUGGAAGGAAUAAACAUUAUGGACAUUAAAUGUAAAGAAUCCAGAUGAAGGGAAGCUAAAUUGCAUUUUUCCAUAAACAUUUAGUAAAUUUUAAAGAACUAGUACAACCUAAUAAUUUUCCACGUUAUUGUUUUGCUUUUAGAGUAUCCUUAAAAUUGACAUAGGGAAGGACGGAUAAACCCAUCCAGGGUUGUCUUGCGUUAUGUAGUGAGGAGGCAGGCUGUGUUAGUUCGUUAAUUGGGCCCUCUGGUUCUUCUUCCUUAUCUCAGCAUCCAAAGGAACUGGUGAUUAAUCACAGCAGUAAUGACCCUAUAAACCUUCAGCAAGAGGAGCCUCUCCCCCUGCAUUGCUAAGCCUUGAGCAAAGUAAAUGUAUUUGCAGAGACUCUGGAGCAGCGGUUGGAGCCAAGCUUUCAGCCCAUGUCAAGGGAUGGCCCCUCUGUGGGUGCAGCCCCUGCCCUGCUCCCCACUGUCUGGGGGGGUUCUCUGUGUUCGCGUGGUGUUUUCGUGCCGUGGUUGUGCAGGGGACGUGUUGACUUGUACUUGGGGAGCAUUUCCUACCUGGGGAGACUGAGCUGCUGGGGUGCUGAGGAGGGGACUGGUCACUGCCAGGGUCACUUCUGGCUCAGGACCAGCACAGAUGCACGGCAGCUGUAUUCAGAAAGCUUCAAUAGAAAAUGUGGGGUUAUUAGAAUUUUUAUUUAUUUAUUUUUUAGUGCUAAACUCAGUUGUAGCGAUACAGUCCCCACUACAAAGUCCUGUUAACCCAGAGCUGGUGCAGAGCUGGGGAUUCAAGGACAGGUACCUUUGCCCUACAAACAUCGCAGGCAAGUACAGCCAAGUGAGGUCCUUUGAUGUGGAUCCUGCUUCCCUGGCUUGCUCUGCCCCCUGUGCUGAAGGAGACAGUAUUUUGUAGCUGUUAAGGUGGGAGUGACUGAAGAAACCGAGUGAAUUUGGUGUUCCCCAUCCCAGGAAACCAGGCUGGAGUCAUAUCGGAAUGAGCAAGGGACCAUAGUUUUUCCGCUGUGUGUUUCCUGUUGUUCUUUAACAACACUAAUCCUGGAACUGGGGUGACUUCAGUCAUGAUACUAAGAACAACAAAAACUCAGGUCUCACAGGGCUGGGAGUCAAUGUGCUUUUGGGACCUUUACUGUUUCCCCUCAGAGGUCGGGCAGCAGUUUUCAUUUCCAGCUCCUUUGCUCAGCGGAGGGAGGGCUGGCAGCUACUGCAGAGCUGCUAGUGAGGGGGGCAUCUUGGCUUUCUGAAAAGAAAACAAAGCGCUUGAGUAAUAAGUGUAAAAGGUAAUGGUGCAGGCUUUGAAAAUGGUAAUGUGGAGAAGGAUAGGUUUUAUCUGGUAAUGCUCUUAAACUCUGAGGUAUUUGAAUAAGUUACUUUAAUCCAAAUGACAAAAAGAAAUAAAGAAGCAUAGUUGUCAAAAUAAUGGGGGGAUAAAAUCCCAAACCACCCAAGUCUGAAUAGUAAUUGACCAUUUGACAAACCAUGUGAAGGUAAAACACUCUGUGGUCUGAUCCUGCCUCUACUCUCAGCUGAGUUCAGAGGGAGCUCACAGCAUCCCAUUCCUUUCGAAAUCAAACUCAAGUGCAGGGAAGCAUGGCUGCUCCCAUCGGUGCUGCGCCCAUCGGUGCCGCUCCGCGCUGCUCAGGCAAAGCUGGGUCUGCACGUACCUCCCGGUACGUCAGAUCCCUCUUCUGCUCAUCUCAUCUCAGCGGGAAGCUGAAGGCAGAACAGAGAUGCAUAAGGAGCUUGAAAUGUUGGCCCCAAGAGAGCCUCUGGGUUAGAAAGCUCAACCUGAGACACGCUGGUUUGGGGCCAAAACUGGCUUAAAGUUAAUGGAGAGUUUUGAAAACAAAGAUUGUAAGCUCCAAGGUCUUGGCGGGCCCUGGACCAGCAGGCUGGCUCCUGGGAAAAGUCAGAAGAAAGUUACUCCGAAGCACUCUCCCCGGUUUUUGAGGUGGUUUCUGGCCCUGGUGCCUGCUGCCCAGGCAUGGGGCAAACCUGGCCGUGACGCAGGAGACAUCUGCCAUCUCUGCUGCCUCCGUUAACAUGUUUCUCUGAGACUAUCUGCUGCUUCAUGUAUGAUAACCAGGUUUCAAAUACAUGGAUGUUUCUAGGUUUUAAGAUGUGUUUUAAUAAAAAGAGAUGUUUCUGGGAAA